CGCGUGUUCAUCGGACGCCGGCCGCAUGUAGUGUCAGCUUUGCCUUCAGACUCCCGCGUUCAGCCGGGCUAGUUGACGAUUCAAGACAAUCUGCCAUGUCCAGCGCCACUGUCUCACCAGAACUGAUCAAUCUACUCAAACAGCUGGACCUGAACGUCGACGCAAUGGAGCCAUUCAAACGAGAGGAGCUCGUGGACGCUCUGAACUGCAUGAACGUCAACGUCAAGGCGAAUACGAAGUUGCCGAUGAAGUCGUUGGAACAUCUGCUCGGGCUGUCACUAGAGGCUGCUCAAAGAGUUCCGAGACUGCUUAAGGAUGGCACGCCUUUGGAUCCGUCCGGGCUUGGUCCCUGGCAAGGUCGCGACCUGAUUGAUGCGGUUAACAUAGGCAAUCUCCACGAGGCGUUUCAGAAUGCACGGCGCGGAAGCAGGGACGUGGAAUUAUACAAGGACGUCUUCAUGGAUCUCAGGCAGACGGUGAUGGCCGUUGGAAAGGGGUGUGACGACGGACGAACAUGUUUUGUUAUCCAACCGAGGGACGAGAAGGAGCAGGAAGCCGCCAUCAACCUUCGAGUGGUUUCUACGCAUGUUUUGAGCGAGAAGACACCGAUUAUUGUUGUCCUUUACCGAAUCAUCACUCUUUCGAACGCUCAGGAAGGUUUCCAGUGGCUCGAGAAAAGGCACGUACAAUGCGAGAUAGUGAAUACAUUCUGCACGCCGGCGGAACAGAAACUCGUCAAAUUACUCCUCCAACGCAACUCUAAGCUCAUUUCUCCCGACUUUAAGCCGUCCAGACUCUCAGGCGAAGACAAUUUCUCUGUCUCAUGCGUGUUGCCCAUCGGACCUCUCGAUUUUGCGGACGUAGCACGCUUGAACGCGGACGAGCUGAAAGGCUGUAUCGUGUGCGGGAAACAGACGCUCAAGGAAUGUAGUAGAUGUCGCAGCGCCAAGUACUGCGGCCCCGAAUGCCAAAAAUCUCACUGGCGGGAACACAAGCCCGUUUGCCGCUCUAUCGAAGGCGGCGAAUGGCGCAGGUUCAUUAUGGCCCCUGCUCCGGCUGACGCGAAACCUGGGAUGCGCGUCGUCACACUCAAUCGCUUCAGCUCGCCUGGGGACACGGACCCGAGCUCGACCGCAGAGGUGGGAGACUCACCUGGACCAAACAUUCAUGGCGACCGGCCGUUCAUCGCCAAGAUUCAGAAGGGCAACCCGAUCCAAUGCAUGCUCGUGUACGAUCAACAGAGGAGCUUCCAAGGUUUCAUCCCUCGCGGGGGCCAGGAGAUGGAGUACGGGGAACUGAUGGAACAGAUGAAAACUGGUUGGAACGGGAUUAAAGUGUAUCGGUGGGCGAAGCGCGCGGCAGACAAGGAGCUCAUGGUCUGCCUGAACCGAGGGCCGAGUGAAUUCCCGCCGUGGUAGUGCUGACGAG